AAGAUAAGGUAUCAAAGCAUAAUUAUGAAGCUGGUGCUCCCCCUGAUCUCCACACUCGCCGCGGCGGCGCCGUAUCGCACGAGCAGACGGCAAGUAGCAACGCUGUGUGAACAGUACGGCUACUGGUCCGGCAACGGAUACGAAGUCAACAACAAUCUUUGGGGCGCCGGGUCCGCGUCUUCGGGUUCCCAGUGCACCUACGUCGACGGCAGCUCCAGCAGCAGUGUCUCAUGGUACACGACCUGGACUUGGGAAGGCAGCCCAGGAAGCGUGAAGAGCUACGCCAAUUCGGGGAGGCAGAUUGCUAGGGGCCAGACCAUCGCUUCUAUCAGGAGCAUGGCCACUUCGGUCUCGUGGGCGUACAACACCAGCAGCAUCCGGGCGAACGUCGCGUAUGACUUCUUCACCUCGGAGGACCCGAACCAUCCCAAUUCGGGAGGUGACUACGAGCUGAUGAUAUGGCUCGCCAAGUACGGUGAUAAUACCUAUCCCGUCGGCAGUGUCUCAGGGACCGUCACUGUCGCCGGCAACAGUUGGACCCUUUACGCCGGCAGUAAUGGUGGCAUGCAAGUCUACAGCUUCGUGGCCAUGAGCGCCAUGAACAGCUUUAGCGGCGAUGCCAAGGACUUCUUCAACUACCUGACAGACAACGAGGCUUUUCCCGCCGACACUCAGAACCUCAUCGUUUUCCAAGUCGGCACCGAAGCAUUCGAUGGCGGUCCGGCCACAUUUACUGUUUCCCAGUUCACAGCAAUCGUGGAUUGAAACAACGGACAGGCGAAGGCCACGAACCCGACGUCUUCGAGACAUGUCACCAAGCUGGUUCCUGGGCCGCACGAGAUAAUAUGAAUGAUGCGUGAUGAAUGUGUUGAUGGUUCAUGACCUUAUGACGGGAAAGAGAUCACGGUUGAGCGAACACCGUUUUGCCAGCCUUGGCUGUUAAUGCAGAG